ACCAAUACAAUCAAAAUAGAGGAACAUGUCUAUCAAGUUAAUCAUCACUUUCCUUGCCAUUUCAUUAUCCAUUUGUGGACGGGCUCAAAAGCCCGAAACACCAAUAUGGGUGAAAACAGAACCAUAUGGGCAUCACGAGCACAAAACUGUCCUACAAUUUUACUUUCAUGACAUCAUAUUAAAUGAAAACCCAACCUCUAUCUUGAUUGCUCAACCCUUAAACGAUAACAAAACUGACUUCCGCUUUGGCAGCCUCUUUAUGGUUGACGAUCCACUCACUUUAACCCCAGAUCCAAAUUCCAAACUACUGGGCCGGGCUCAAGGUUUCUUUGGUCGGACCUCAAAGGAAGAUAUAAGUUUGAUAAUGGGUUUGGCCUUAAGUUUCAUUGAUGGGAUGUAUAACGGAAGCUCCAUCGUCAUAUUUACCCAUAUUCCUAUUAUGAAUACGGAGAGGGAGUUUCCGGUUGUUGGUGGGACCGGGCUUUUUCGAAUGGCCCGUGGAUUUGCUGAGGCCCGAACCUAUUUUUCUGAUCCUACAACUUUUAAUGCCAUUGUUGGAUACAAUGUUACAAUAUUUCACCCUUAGAUGUUUUUUACUCCCAUAAUGUUCAAUUUUCAAUGGUUGAAGUUUUAUUUUUCACCGUCUAUACUUGUAAUAAAGAUUUGACUCUACUUACAAAACGAUUAAUUUGUACUUUUGUCGCCUGCUUGUAAGGAAUAUUUUCCUUGUCGUGGAAUA